AGGAAGCACCGUAGCUUCUGCGGGUGGUCGAGGCUGCGCCCCGCGUUUGCUGCGACCAUGGCCGGGAGGGGAAAGCUCAUCGCGGUGAUCGGAGACGAGGACACGGUGACUGGCUUCCUGCUCGGGGGCAUCGGGGAGCUGAACAAGAACCGCCACCCGAAUUUCCUGGUGGUGGAGAAGGACACCACCAUCAAUGAAAUCGAGGACACUUUCCGGCAGUUCCUGAACCGGGAUGACAUCGGCAUCAUCCUCAUCAAUCAGUACAUCGCCGAGAUGGUGCGACAUGCCCUGGAUGCACAUCAGCGCUCCAUCCCCGCUGUGCUUGAGAUCCCAUCCAAGGAGCACCCGUAUGAUGCGGCCAAGGACUCCAUCCUGCACAGGGCCCGGGGCAUGUUUACUGCAGAGGACUUGCGCUAGGUUCUCCCCCUAGCCCUACAGCCCCUCCCGAAUGCCAGGCCUUUCUUUCAGCUCACCACCUGCCCUUCAGUCACCAGCCUCUGGCUUCCAGGUCCCUGCCCUUCUCCGUUCCAUUGAGAGACCAGAUAAGAUGCUUGCAGGUUUCUGGGGUGCUGCCAUUAAAACCAAGACUGCUUAGGGUACGGGGGAACCUGACUGUCUUCUCUCUCUGCUCCCUCCUCCCUGUGCUGUUACCUUAAUGUCAUUAUUGAUGUGAAAUGAAUGUCUUUGUGACUUCUUGA